CUUCCUCUCCCUCGCAGCCUCGCUCUCCUGUUCCCGCCAGCCGCCUUCCGCGGAGGUGGCGACAGGGGCGCAGAUCUCGCACUCACCCCGCCGGUGACAAGCGAUGGGCGACAUUCCCGGCCUCGUGAAAAUCAGCGUCUCCCUCAAAAUCCAGCCCAACGACGGCGCGGUGUAUUUCAAGGUGGACGGGCAGCGCUUCGGCCAGAACCGCACCAUCAAGCUGCUGACCGGAGCCAAGUACAAGAUCGAGGUGGUCCUGCGGCCCGGCACCGUCCAGGCCACGACAAUGGGCAUCGGCGGUGUUAAUGUCCCACUGGAGGAGAAAUCAAGGGAUGCACAGGUGGUCACUUACACAGGGAUCUACGACACAGAAGGGGUGCCCCAUACCAAGAGUGGGGAGAGACAGCCCAUCCAGGUCAACAUGCAGUUUAACGACAUUGGUGUUUUUGAAACAGUCUGGCAAGUCAAAUUCUACAACUACCACAAGCGGGAUCAUUGCCAAUGGGGUAACAGUUUUGGCUGUAUUGAGUACGAAUGCAAACCAAAUGAAACACGCAGUCUUAUGUGGAUCAAUAAAGAGACCUUCCGCUGAAGAGUCUAGCAGUGGCUUAAAAUAAAAAGGGGAGAAUUCAGAUUCACACUGAAGAGAUGUGAAACCAGUACUGCUGGACAAUCUCCCUAAAGAGGAAUCUACCUUUUUAAACCAGCAAGAAGCCUUAACAAAGGCAUACUGUAACAUUGCUUUGUUCCAUGAGGUUCCAACAACUAUGUUGUAUAUACAGGUGGUGUCACUAAAAUCUUUGCCUAUUACUGUAUAUUAAGUUUACCAUGGCAUCUGCAACAUUCUUUACCUGUCAUCCUGAGAAUACUGAAAGUUCAUGGUAAAGAAUAUUUGAUAGCUGGGUAGAAAGUCAUACCAUCAUAAUAGCGUCAUAAGUAUCUGGAUUAUUCCCACUAAAUGGUUCCACUAGACAUAACUCUUGCAAAGUGUUUAGCUUUAUUGCUUAGAAAUUGGAUGCAACAUCACCUGGGUGAUUUCUGUAUUUGCAUUUGUGUUUGCUCCUAAAUCGGUGUGCUUCUUCAAGCAUUUUGUUGUACAUGUCAUCCCAGUGGACAGCAAAACGUGCAAACUGUGGAUAUUUGUAGGUUUAGCUAAAUGGCAGCUAUUGCACUGUUGAUAUUGUGCUUUCAUACCAGGGAAUUUGCAAACUCAUUCUCCCUUUUGGUAAGUGCUGUUAAGAUAUUUUGUGAAGUUUCCUAAUUUACCAAAUCUCUCAAGAUAGGAUUCUUUGUUAAAGUUUUGCAGUCUCUGAAAUAGUUCUAGGAAACUGUAUAAAAUAUGCUAACCUGAAUGAGGGAAAAGCAAUAAACCAGCUAUGGUAUCAGA